AUGGACUCAAGCAGCGUCAAUUGUUUCUCACCAGUCGUCAAAGCAAACACUCGCGAGGUUGACGAGAGCGUUACAGAACCAGAGUCUGACUUACCCGAUGUGAAAAAAAUCGAUAUCACACCGACUAUUGUGGUAGAUGCGAGUGUAACAGAAGCCGAGACGGACUCCGAGAUAGACACAUCGCAGGAGUUGAAGACUUACCGGAGGGCGACGUGCACCAACCACCCCCUCCCCCUCCUUGAUGACCUGAAAUUUUCUCUUCACCCAGAUGAUCCAGACAACUUCUUGAAGGUGUGCUAUGCUCUUCGCAUCCUCGUACGACGUGUUAUCUGCGACACGGAGAUUAACGAAGCCGAUAGAUUACAUCGAGAAUACACCGCCGAACUCAUCAAGACUAACAAUCACGCAGACGGCGAACUGGAGACGACAUUUCUUUGCGAAUUCCAGCGUACAUGUCAAACAAGCCGUUUAACCUUCUCUCUACUAUCUUAUCCUAAAGAUUCCCUUCCAUGUGAAGCUGCCGAGAUCAUGCUCAAGGCAUCAAGAGAGGAGCGCGGAACUGUAGCUGGACUGGCAGCUUUGUCAGAAGACUUGGACAAUGUUCAAACAGAUGCUAUGCAAACAUUUUCCCGGGUCAUGUCUACCGAGACGUAUCGCACUCUCGCGCGUACACUUUGCUUUCGCUUCCCAUAUACUCCAGUUCAUUGUCGUGGGGAUGAACCAUUGGUUCGAAACAGCACGCCUCUCGAUCGCGAAGAAACAUUUUAUGAAUAUGUUGUUGUCAAUGGGAGGCGCUACCAUGCUUCAAGAACAGUAGGGUCAAACUCUUCGUCUCUCUUUCACGUCACCAUCCCAAGAGCCGUCCCUGUCGCUACUUAUGGCGAAUUGUCGAUCAGGACAUUUUGUCUGGUUUGGGCGCAUGCGCUGGUUCAAACCCUGGUGUGGCAUGCGCAACAAACGCAUCAGUGGACAUACGCUGAUGGGAGCUUGGAGAGUACACCGAUCGAGACACCCAACUUUGGUGAUGAUAGGACCAAGGUUUGGGCGACUAUCAUUGUCCCAAACUUAUCAUGCUCUGCCUCUAGAUCUCAUCCACAACCGCAAUCAACUCAACCUUCUACUCGUCAUACCAGCCCUUCUAUAGCCAUGAGCAGGCUUCGUGCUUAUGCGCCCGGCUCAUUACUCAUCUCUUCGCCUGUCCUGAAAACCCUCCUUCGUCUUCAAACUCCCCCAUUUCAUUUCGUACGCCCUCCACCGCAUUGA